GCUGCACCUGCUGAGAUGCCCCAGUCUAGACACACCCCAAAGUGUCAUGUCGCCCUGCCCAUCGCACUGCUCUUACACCUGAGCGCGCCCACACCUCUGCAUUCCACUGCCCCUGCACAAAGGUGCUUGUUGCAAUUUGCAAGCUGGCAAUGAAAUUGGCAUACUGGGAUAUACGAGGGCUUGCUCAACCAAUCCGCCUGCUGUUGGAAUACACUGGUACUAAGUAUGAGGAGAAAUCCUAUUCUUGUGGUGAAGCUCCCAACUAUGACAAAAGCUGUUGGUUUAAUGAGAAAGACAAACUUGGGCUGGUCUUUCCUAAUUUGCCCUACCUAGUGGAUGGUGACACCAAGGUAGUCCAAAGUAAUGCCAUAAUGAGAUACAUCGCCCGCAAAAACAACCUCUGUGGGAAAACUGAAGAAGAGCAGCUGAGAGUUGACAUCUUGGAAAACCAGGCGGUGGACUUCCGCAAUGGUUUUGUCCAGCUCUGCUAUGGAGACUUUGACAAAAACAAACCAUGUUACAAUGAGAAACUGCCAGGAACUCUAAAGCAGUUCUCUGACUUCCUUGGUGACAGGAAGUGGUUUGCUGGGGACAAGAUCACAUUUGUGGACUUCAUCAUGUAUGAUUUGUUGGAUUUGCAUCGUAUGUUGUGUCCAGAGUGCCUGGAUGACUACAGAAACCUUAGAUGUUUCCUGGAUCGCUUUGAGAGUCUUGAGAAGAUUGCAGGAUACAUGAAGUCGAACAAGUUCAAGAAAACACCCGUGAACAACAAGAUGGCCAAAUGGGGAAACGAGUGAAAAUGACAAGACCGUCAGUUGACAUAAACAUUGAUUAUGAAAUCUUUACAAAAUAAGUAGAAUUCGCAGCUGUUGUCUAAAUACAGCACUUACAUUAAAGACAGUUCACCCAAAAAUGAAAA